AAUGAUUGUUCUUCCAAGUGUCUUUCACAAUUAGUGGCCGCGGUGACAAUUUGUGGUGCCUCCUGUGCUGCCAGUUAGCAUUUAAUCAACAACAACAACCUGUGAUAUGGAUCGAUCAAUCCGGAAUACUCUGCUGUUAGUUUUAUUGGCCGCCAACAUAGUUUGGGCCAAGAGUGUUCCACAGAGCAAGCUGAAGAUCGAGCACGAGGAAAAAGAUGCAACUGUGAUACAGAUGACUUUGAAAGAAGCCAUCAAAGAACCAAGCGUACAAUUUAUCGAAUAUGGGCCGGACGGAAAGGACGGCUUCAAAUAUCAUCUCGCUGCCGGGGACACGAAGCAGUACGUCAUCCAUACAACAGGACCGGUUGCCAUUCCCAUUGUGGAACAGAUCAAGGGUACUCGGGAGGACCGGGAUCGAAAGUUGCUGGAGCGAUUGAUCGAAUCGUCCGGUAUUAAGUCAAUGGAUACUGUUAGUAGUGUAAAGCCAGCCAAGGAGUAAAUAUAGUUUAAUUAUGAAAA